AUGCUGGAUCUUGAAGGGCCUAGUGAAGGAGGCUGGGGAGGCAACCGACAGCGCGGGCGCGAAACGGCGAGGUCGACGGGCAUGUGCGACGAGGGCCUUCUCGGUGGUCCGUCGGCCGCGGAUCGGCGGGGCGAGGCCGACGGCACGGGCGCGAACACCGAUGGUGCGGGCGCGAACACCUUCUCGGCGGUGGAACAGGCUUGGGCGGCGGCGCGGCAGGGACGGAGAGGAGGCGGCGGCGUGGCUGAGCCCGGGGCGAAGAGUACUGUCGACCGAAACAAUGGAUCAGAAAUCCAAUGCAACGCGACUUACCGGCGUGGCUCCUCGCGGAUCUGCAACGGGUGCUCGGCGGUGUCGGACAGGGGCGGGGCGAGGUGCUGGUGCAGGCGCGAGGGUGUGGCGGCGUGGGUUGCGGUGACUGCGCGUCGUGGGAGAGCGCAGAUGUGGGCAGGCGAGGGUGCGGUGAUUCCUUUCCUUCCGGGGCUGCGGUGA